GCCGCUUCCCCGGGGAGCCGCACGUGCCGCUGGAGCAGCGCCGGGGCUUCCUCGCCUGCGAGCAGUACCGGGCUCUGCGGCCGGACCUGGGGGACAAAGUGGCCAGCGUGUAUGAAGCCCCAGGCUUUUUCCUAGACUUGGAGCCCAUCCCGGGGGCCGUGGAAGCCUUGCGGGAGAUGCACGCCAUGCCAGACACCGAGGUCUUCAUCUGCACCAGCCCCCUGCUGAAGUAUGACCACUGUGUGGGCGAGAAGUACCGCUGGGUGGAGCGGCACCUGGGCCCCCAGUUUGUGAAGCAGAUCAUCCUGACGCGGGACAAGACCGUGGUCUUGGGGGACCUGCUCAUUGAUGACAAGGACACCAUUCAAGGCCACGAGGAGACCCCCAGCUGGGAGCACAUCCUGUUCACCUGCUGCCACAAUCGGCACCUGGCCCUGCCCCCGACCAGGCGGCGGCUGCUCUCCUGGAGCGACAACUGGAGGGAGAUCAUAGACAGCAAGCGCAGAGCCGGCCGGCAGUGAACAGGCCCGUGUGGACAGUGGCCGCAGGGAAGCCCCCUGGAGCCAGUGGCACCAGCGCCAGGGAGACACUGGUGCAGGCCCGGCCAGCUGGCAUCUCCAGGGAUGGCUGCACCCAGUGCCGGGCUGGCAUGGGAACAGUGGGAAGAGCAGUCAUGACGCUUUUAAUAAAAAACUUUGACUCUG